CCACAUGCAUAUAUAAGCUCGAUAGACUUCCUAUCCGCUCAUGGCUUCUACAGAACGCCUUCCCUUUCUCCCUCCGCCUCCCAAUGCCCCUAGUCCCCUGGGCCAGUACAGGCUACUCUCGCCGCGAGCGAGCAUUCGUGUCUCGCCCUUUCAACUGGGAGGAAUGUCCAUUGGUACCGCCUGGGGCCAGGGAAUGGGAGAAGUGACCAGGGAAUCAAGCUUUGAGCUUUUGGAUGCUUUCUACGAAUUAGGCGGUAACUUCAUAGAUACGGCCGUUAAUUAUCAAGAUGGCACCUCCGAGGAGCUAAUAGGCGAAUGGAUGGAACUGCGAGGCAACCGGGACCAAAUGGUGAUUGCAACCAAGUAUAGCGGUCCCUGGAAACAGCACGAUGAUGCCAUAUCCCAAAAAGUUCACUAUGUUGGAAAUGGGAGUAAGGCCAGGCACCUCGCCAUUAAUGCUUCGUUAAAGCGCCUCCGGACCGACUACAUCGAUAUCCUAUACGUCCAUUUCUAUGACUGGGAGACCAGCGUUGAAGAGCUGAUGUCCAACUUGCACAAUCUUGUGGUAUCUGGCAAGGUAUUACAUCUCGGUAUUUCGGAUACUCCGGCGUGGUUCGUCGCCAAAGCCAAUCAAUAUGCCAUUGACCACGGAAAGACUCCGUUUUGCAUCUAUCAAGGUCACUGGAGCCUGACGGAUCGAUCUUUUGAACGCGAGAUCAUCCCCAUGGCUCGCGACCUAGGUCUCGCUCUCGCCCCUUGGGGUGUUCUUGGAGCAGGCAGACUCCGUACAAAUGCAGAAGACCAAGCAUUUAAAGAAAACAUCGCAAAAGAACGAAAAGGAUUCACACAGGAUGGCAAACCGGAGCGCAAUGAAGCUGAAAUCAAGAUGGCCGCUGCCCUUGAGAAAGUCGCCAAUGAAGUUGGUGCGAAGAGCAUCCAAGCAGUUGCCAUCGCGUACCACCUGCAAAAGACUCCCUACGUGUUCCCGAUUGUGGGUGGUCGCAAAGUCGAACAUCUGAAGAAGAAUAUCGAAGCACUCACGAUUACCCUGUCGAAAGAGCAGGCUGAGUAUCUCGAGGGCGUUCUGCCGUUUGAUCCUGGGUUCCCGAACUGGUUGAUUGGUGAUGGCACAAGGUCGUCUGCCCUGGUCGAUGGCUUUGCGCCGAUGACUAUGUGGCCCAAGGCGGAAGCUAUCAAGCCCAAGUAAGCAAAACCAAGACUCGGAAUCUGGGUUCCAUUCAAGAAAAUUUUUGGGCCACCACGGGUAGUAUGGCUGUUGUGUGUAUGUCAAGACGGUGGUAUGGAAGACAACAGUAUGGAGUCCUUACAUAGUACAAUCGGAAAUUAAAUCAACAAGCAAUACCGCCCGCAUCGGUAAUGGUGUAGAUAUGUCGAUAUCCAGUUGAGAACAGUUAUAAAGCCGAACAAUUUAAAGGUGCA